GUCAUAAUUGUUCAAAUUUCAAAGGAGCCAAAACAAGAACAAAAGGGGAAAAAAAACUCUCUUUUUAUUUUUCUGCAUCUCCUACUCUUUGAUUUCUCAAGCUUCAGAUUUUGGAUUAAUCGAAGGAAACCCUAACCCUAGAGAUGGCUGAAUCUACUCAAGAUUCGUUCGAUUCGAUGCUGUGGGUCUCUGAUUCGAAGCUCGUUCAGGCUGGGCUCAAGGAGGAGGAUUUCAAAGAUGACUUUGUAAUGUUUAUCAAUGCUGGGGGCAAAGAUAUCCAAUCUCGAGACUCCCGUUUAAAUUUCAAGGGAGAUUCUUUUUUCGAUGGGGGAUAUGAUAUAGAAACAGAUGAGACGAUAAUCGAAGGUGGUGACUUCUCCAGCCUGUAUCAACGGCUAUCGGCUCGUUUUGGAAAUUUUAGUUACAAGUUUUAUGGUCUCUCUCCUGGAGACUACUAUGUAGACUUACACUUUGCGGAGAUUGUUAACACAUCUGGGCCUAAAGGAAUCAGGGUUUUUGAUGUCUUUGUGCAAGAAGAGAAGGUAUUAUCUGAAUUCGAUAUAUUUGCAAUUGUUGGAGCUAAUAAGCCCCUACAAGUAGUUGGUGUUAAAGUUUCUGUAGAUGGAACUGAUGCUCUAACUGUAAGGUUCGAGGGAAGAAGGGGUGGGGCAACAGUUUGCGGGAUUUGCGUUAGGAGGGCCUCAGAGUUGACAGUAACAAGGAAGAAUUCGGAGUAUACAAUGUGUAGCAAAUGUGCCACAGAUAUUGAAGCUUCUCCAAGCCAGAAUAGAAAUCGGAAUAUGAAAUUUAUCGCCAAGUAUGAGAAACAAAUACAGGACCUGAACUAUCAGUGCAAAUUAAAAUCCGAUGAGUGUUAUCAAGCUUGGGUUUCACUACAUGCUGCAAAUGAUGAGCUAGAGAAGCUGAAGAUGGACCAUGACAAUAAACUAUUUCAAGCUGAAACUCUUGAACAAAUUAUUGAACAACAAACGGAAAACUUAAGAGAGGUGUCAGAACAUUAUCAGCAUGACAAGGAGCUGUGGGUUUCUGCUAUAAGGGACUUAGAAGAGAAAAUUAAGGUAUUGAAGCAAGAGCACCACCAGCUUUCUCAAAGAGCACAUGAAUGUGCUAGUUCUAUUCCUAAUAUGAAUAUGAUGGUUGAUGGGGUUCAAGCCUUGGUUGCACAGUGUGAAGAUUUAAAGAUGAAGUACAAUGAAGAGCUAACAAAGAGGAAAAAACUAUAUAACCAAGUCCAAGAAUCAAAAGGAAAUAUUAGGGUAUUUUGCAGGUGUCGUCCAUUAAGCAAGGAAGAGGGUGCAUUGGGUUAUGCGACUGUUGUAGAUUUUGAUGCAGCUAAGGAUGGUGAUCUUGGAAUAAUAUCUGGUGGAUCCACAAAGAAAACAUUCAAAUUUGACCGAGUAUUUACCCCAAAGGACAAUCAAGCUGAUGUCUAUGCAGAUGCAUCGCCAUUAGUCACAUCUGUUUUGGAUGGCUACAAUGUUUGUAUAUUUGCAUAUGGCCAAACUGGGACUGGGAAGACCUUUACAAUGGAGGGCAAUGAGCAGAAUAGAGGAGUUAACUAUAGAACUCUGGAAGAGCUGUUCAAAAUUGCCAGUGAGAGAAAGGAGACUUUUUGCUACAGCAUUUCAGUUAGUGUUCUUGAGGUAUACAAUGAACAGAUCAGAGACUUAUUAGCAACAUCCCCCUCAUCAAAAAAGUUGGAGGUGAGACAAGCAGCUGAAGGCUUACACCAUGUGCCUGGAAUAGUAGAGGCAAAAGUUGAAAACAUUAAGGAGGUUUGGAAUGUAUUGCAAGCUGGAAGUAAUGCAAGAGCUGUUGGAUCUAACAAUGUUAAUGAGCAUAGUAGUCGUUCUCACUGUAUGCUUUGCAUAAUGGUGAAGGCAAAGAACCUAAUGAGUGGAGAGUACACAAACAGCAAGCUUUGGCUUGUGGAUUUGGCGGGAAGUGAGAGGCUAGCAAAGACUGAUGUUCAAGGGGAGAGGCUUAAGGAAGCACAAAACAUUAAUAGGUCCCUUUCGGCGCUUGGAGAUGUAAUAUCUGCCCUUGCAACAAAAAACAGUCACAUACCUUACAGGAAUUCCAAGUUGACUCAUUUAUUGCAAGAUUCACUAGGAGGAGACUCAAAAGCGUUGAUGUUUGUACAAAUAAGCCCCUCAGAGUAUGAUUUAGGUGAAACUAUGAGUUCAUUGAACUUUGCAAGUAGGGUUAGGGGAGUAGAAUUAGGUCCUGCAAGGAAGCAAAUUGACACAGGAGAGCUACAAAAAGCAAAACAAAUGCUUGAUAAACUAAAACAGGAGCUAAGGAUCAAAGAUGAAUCCUUGCGCAAGUUUGAAGAGAACUGCCAAAACUUAGAAAACAAAGUCAAAGGAAAAGAACAGCAAUAUAAAAGUUUGCAAGAAAAGAACAAAGAGCUUGAAGGACAACUAGAGUCUAAAAUGCAGUUGCAAAGUGCAACAGAGAGGCAACAUUGGCAGCUAUCAGACAAGUUGAAGGGGAAGGAGGAAGCAUGCAUUGGCCUUCAACAGAAGGUGAAGGAGUUGGAACACAAGUUAAAGGAGCAACAACACUCGGAGUUUAUGAUCCUUCAAGAAAAGGUUAAAGAACUGGAAAGUAGGCUCAAGGAACAAAUGCAUUCUGAAUCAUUAGCUGCUCAAAAGGUUAAGGAACUAGAAUUCAAGCUCAAUAAGGAGAGAGAGCAAUUCGAAUCGAUUCUUGAGCAAAAGGUUAAGGAGCUAGAACAGAAACAAACAGAAGAAAGAGAACUACAAGAUUCCAUGUCAUUAAGAAUUUCAACACCAAUGAAUGUGGAACCAACGAUCGAAAUUGAUCCACAAAUCCUAAGGAAUUCCAACUCAAUCAACAAGCAAAUAACAAGCCAUUCUUCGAUUCUUCUGAAAGGGAGAGAGUCCCUUCAUGAGAUCAAAAGGAAGAGAGAAGCUGAGAAUUGCAUUGGAGUACCGACGAUAACUUUAAUGGAGAAGAAGAUUGCGGUGCCUUGUGAAUCGAAUCGAGUUAGAAAAAUUGAUCCAUCAAAGGCCUUUGGUAGGCUUACUAGAUCAUCUAAGGGUGUCACUGCACAGAAGGUAGGAAUUAACAAGGAGAAGGAUAGGCUGAGAAGCUGGGUAAGGUAGUAGCAAAAGCUCUGUCUGCGAUAAAUAGAGGAGUUCAUGUGAUUGAUUUUGUAUCUCCAGGUAUAAUUGAUUGAUUUCUUAGAUUGGUUAUACUUGCUUUGUACAACUAACAAGAUAAGGGAUGAGAUCUUCUUACCGCUAGUAAGAAAGAUAAUAUGAUUGUAAUAUAUAUUGUUAAUGCCUUCUCGACUA